AUGAAAUUAACAGUUGAGCAGAAGUCUGUUUAUGAUAAAAUCAUAUCUGCAGUGAAUGAAGACAAAGGAGGGUUAUUCUUUUUAUGUGAUCAUGGAGGAACUGGCAUAACUUUUAUGUGGAAAAUAUUGUCUUCUGGCGUACGAUCUAAAGGCGAUAUUGUGAUAAAUGUUGCUUCAAGUGGUAUUGCUUCUCUUUUGUUACCAGGAGGUCGAACUGCACAUUCAAGAUUUGCGAUCCCUCUAAAUCCAACUGAAGAUUCAACAUGCAAUAUAAAACAAGGCAGUCCUUUAGCAAAGUUGAUUGUGAAAGCAAAAUUGAUCAUUUGGGAUGAGGCACCAAUGAUGCAUAAAUACUAUUUUGAAGCUCUUGAUCAAACUCUUAGAGAGAUUCUAAGAUUUAGAGAUCCGUCAAAUUUAGAUCGGCCAUUUGGAGGUAAAACAAUUAUUCUUGGAGGUGGCUUCAGACAAAUCUUGCCUGUAAUUACAAAAGGUACUAGGCAAGAGAUUAUUCAAGCAACUCUAAAUUCUUUGUAUUUGUGGCCCCACUGUCAGGUUUUAAAGCUAACAACAAAUAUGAGAUUGCAAGAAAAUAUAUCUGGUGCAGAUUUGGAUGAUUAA